CGGUGUGGAAACUCGGACGGACAGGCAGUCGCUCGCCGUUCGUUCAACAACGUGGCUCGAAAGUGCUGCCUCGGCGAUUCAGAUAAGCGACCAAGACCAAGAGGAAGACGACGAGGACGAUCACGGCGACAGCGAUGCCACCCCUCGUCGUUCGAUCUUGGCCAACGUGGUUCGCCUUGGUUUCUCAAGGCCAACGAUAAAAGAUGACACUUCGAUUGCGAUCGUUGAUCCCAGACACGGAGGAAUCCACAGGUACCUCAGCGGUAUUCUCCUUCGUCGUGAUCUAUUACGACCAACAACUACGCCCGUCGAUAUUCCAAUUGUUCUCGUCGUGAACCAUUCAGUUUCCUCAGUGAACCUGAUAAUCGAAUCGAUCGUUCUUUGACGCGUGUGAAUACCAAGAGUGCGUUUGUGAGAGAAUCUACUCGAUUUGUUUAGUUUGAUGUUUCGCGAUUGACUAGUUCGAGCGGAUAUAGAGCGUGAGGGAAAAAGAAUCGCAAUGAUAGUAAAAAGUGCGAAGUGUGUCGAGAUGUCGAUACGAUCGAAUGACGCGGCCGAUGGCAAAGAAGAGUAUCUGGUAAUUGCCGUCGAUUGUGCGUGGUCAAAUGGAAAUCACGCCGAGUGUUCAUGGAUCCCGUUUGACCAAAGGAUUCUCUGCAAUCAGCAUUAGAGGGUUGAAUUUCCUGUUGGGAAAUUUAACGAUCGGUUGGUCGAGGGUCGACUGGUCCAGCAGAUCGUUGCCGAUUAAAGCAAUGUCUUGUAUCGUCGUUUAAACCAAUAGAGAUCGCUUAAUCGGCAGAUCGAAGCCGAGAAGGACCAAUAUAAGAAGACCGACGGGAAGUUCGAUGAAAAGGAUUUUUCUACCGUACACGAAUUCGUAUUGCGGGAAACGUAAUAAACCAAGGCAGUACAAUGCCGCCGCUUUAGAUCGAAUAUAAAGCCGUGCGACGUUUUUGAUCCUGUUGCAAAAUAUUGAAUCGAUCUACCAGCGGUAGGUGAAUGGCGGAGCUUAGUACGACUAUCGUGUAUUCUAUGGUGCCGAGGAUCAUCCCCCUGAUAUAUACAUACAGACAGAGAGGCACAUUCGAUACAUGGAUCUUGCGCAGAAUAUGGGGAAGACACGAGGCGAACUUGGCGAUGAACGCGUGACAGCACGAGGAAAUUCUCCAACGAAUCGACGUCGCAUCCAGAUCAAGCUUUGAACCACUGGAUUUUUGCCUGUUGAACAACACCGCGUGUUUAUUUGACACGGCCACGCAGUAUAUCGCCGUGAUCGGCAAGGACGUUUAUUACUCCUGACCAUGACGAUACUAUGUUUGCGUUAGUCGAUCGACUCGUUAGAAAUUCAAAGAGAACGGACUGGCAUGGAUGAACGUUGCUGAGACGACGCAAAAGUGACACAGGUGUGAUCAAUGAGAUUCUCGACGAGGGAUUUCAAUGAUACGCCGCUAAGGUUGGGGCGAUUGUGGUGAUUGGUGAGAGGAUAGUCCAGACGCAGCACCUCGUUUCUUGCGUGCACGGACGAUCGAGAAUGUUAUCGCACAAGGAACGCCGCACAUCACCAACGUAAGGGAAACGAAAAGCUUAGCCGUGAACACUUAGAUAACGGUCACGAGGAUGCCAGACAAAAUUAAAGAACCGACGCGUUUCAAAAUCUCGUGAUCAACAUCGGCGUCCAGUAUUCACGAGUAGAGAAAUUUGAAAUGGGGACGAACACGAACGACCAGCCUCUGGUUAAGUCCAUCGUGAGCAAUCUGUCGUUAGACCAUACGCAACGACUAACCGAUUUGUUUUCCGGUAACGCAACCAAGGACGCAGUCACCAUACACGACGAAACCGUCUUAAACGACGUUUUCUCAAGAAGCGAGAAAGAUGCGUCAACCAGUGGCAUCGAGUUAAGUUGGUUCAAUGAUUCGACAACGAUAGGUACAACGCCUUCCGGUUCCUUGUUCAGUGUGUCAUCGUCGUUCUUUUCCUCGGUAUCACCGUCGUCGCCUAGCUCCGACAAUUACACCGGCAUAUCGGACCUGUUCGUCUUCGAAGACUUAAACGAUUACAUCAAUCGAUUGAAUUACAGCGCUUUCGUUAAUUUGACGGCCUAUUACGAUGGAGGGGCUAACCUGAACCUGAACGGAAGCGUGAACUGCACGUCGUCGAUAGUCGCGGGCACCGCAGCUGGUGUCGUUAGAGCCGGUGAGUGCGGGCCGACAGCAGACGUCGAUGAAAAGACGAAUGCCAACAGCUGGUGGGCUCUGAUCCUGGUGAUCGUGCCUUGUUUAACGCUAUUCGGCAACGUAUUGGUUAUCCUCGCUGUAGUUCGAGAAAGAGCUUUGCAGACGGUCACGAAUUAUUUCAUCGUGAGCCUGGCCGUCGCUGACCUGCUCGUUGCUGUGCUCGUCAUGCCCUUUGCUGUCUACGUUUUGGUAAACGGAUCGUGGAGUCUGCCUGGCUUUGUCUGUGACUUUUACAUCGCAAUGGACGUCACGUGCAGUACCAGUUCCAUCUUCAAUCUCGUAGCAAUCUCGAUAGACAGAUACAUAGCAGUGACCCAGCCGAUAAAGUACGCCAAGCACAAGAACAAUAGAAGAGUGUGGUUGACGAUACUGUUGGUCUGGGCGAUAUCUGCCGCGAUCGGCAGCCCGAUUGUUCUCGGCUUGAAUAACACCCCCGACCGAAUACCGGACCAAUGCCUCUUCUACAAUGCAGACUUUAUCAUCUACUCGAGCCUAUCCAGCUUCUACAUACCUUGCAUCAUCAUGGUGUUUCUCUACUACAACAUAUUCAAGGCACUGAGAAACAGGGCGAGAAAAGCAAGGGCCAAUAGAAAGCCUAACUUGGGCGACAUAAAACCGGGCAGCAUAAUCGAGAACAUCGCGCAUACGCGCAGUGGGUAUUCUGUGGCAAGGUUUGCGGAGACGGCGUUGGGAGCGGCGGCUUUCGUGGCUCCUGGCAUGGAAGAGCCGACGAACACCGCGUCCGGGAGCAACGAAGACGAGGACGAGACACCCCUUGAUCCUGUUGUGGUCAUCUCGAACGAUAAGAGCACCGAGUUCUUUUUGGCCACUGUCGUCGAGGAAGCAGCUUGUCGUUUCAGCGCAGUGGCUCAAGCUCAACUGGGUGGAACGCAGAACGUCAGAAAGGAUUCUGGAUAUGACGGUGCAGCGAGCAGCACGGUGAUUCACGAACCGUUAGAAACGAAUUCCAGUCCCAGCCCGAACCCACGAAUCACCUCAGCUCCGUCGUCCUCCACUUCUUCGUCGCCGCCUCCGAAAAGUGCUACGACGAGCCAAGCUUCGCAACCCAAGAAGAACGGCGCUGAAACGAACAAGCAGGAAUUAAAGAGGCUCAAGAGCGCCGGUUCUCUUCUCCCUCUUCAACUUGGACGAACGCCAAGCGUCUUGUCUGGCUCGUCUACCUGUAAGAAGGACAAGAAAAAUGCCGUUUCUGGCUCCCGGUUUACAAUAUACAAAGCCAACAAGGCGAGCAAGAAGAAACGAGAGAAAAGCUCCGCGAAAAAGGAGCGCAAAGCUACGAAAACGUUGGCUAUUGUGUUGGGUGUCUUUUUAAUUUGUUGGCUGCCAUUCUUUACCUGCAACAUCAUGGACGCGAUUUGCACGAAGCUGACAGCGAACUGUCAACCUGGUGUCACUGCUUUCAUCGUGACCUCUUGGCUAGGCUACAUGAACAGCUUCGUAAAUCCCGUGAUUUAUACUGUGUUCAAUCCCGAAUUUCGCAAAGCCUUCCAUAAAUUGGUCAGCUUCUAGACAAAUUACAGCAUUUAAAGUCGCGUUUAUCUUGAAAGCAGGAACAACGAGACAUCGGACAAUCGAACAGCUCAACAUUUGUUCCAGCUAAAGGUAUUUAUCGUAUUCGCAGACCUCUUUCGUAGUCGCGCCGUUUUUCGUAGGUAGACGUUUGAAAACCAAUAACUUCCUGUGGCUCAUUCUACUGAAUCGUGUUUAAAUUUCGCGACGGACUUGAGAAACAUUAGCCGCGCCGUCACAAAUUGCAACGUAACGAAACUAAAUCGAAGCUUUUUACGAGUGAGAACGGAAUUACAUCGCGUACUUUUUACUCGUUGUUUAUCGGAAGUGCGGAUCAUCGUUAGUAUUCUCAGCACUCUCACACCCAACUAUCGUGCGAUUUCAUUGGUCGAUAUCCCGGCAAUAUCACAGCGGAGGCAACGUGCAUCGAUGUUAGAGCUGAAUUACCAAAUAAAUAUUUAAGCUAACGAUAAGUAGUCGAAUAAAUGAUACACGAAGUAAUCGGAAACGAGCGUCAAGGUGUUAGAAACACAACGACGUGGUUUAUGCGUUGAACGCGUUCAAAUUCGCGUUAUCCUACCAUUUCAAGUAAUCUAGUUGCAUAAAUAACAGAAGCACAAAAAGGAAAGAAGGGAAUUUCAGUAGAGAUAUAUUAAGACGAUAAACAUCAGGUCAAAACGUAAAAUCAAUGGAAUGCGUGUUUGAGCGAAAACACAUUAUACGUAUAUGUACUUUGUCGGAUAUUAAAUAUACCGUGACAGUAUUAUCGUAGCUCCUAAGGUGUAGCAAUAUUUUUUGGCUCAAUGCAAAGGAACCGAAUUGUCAGUUCCACGACAAACUUACGCGUUCUGUACACCUGCGCGUCUAAUCGAACGUCUUUGUACUAUGUACGAUUAUUCGAACGAAGUACUGUCUCCUUCGUAUCGUUUCGAAAUUCUUCCGUCGCGCCGUUUCGUUUGUCCUUCUAGCAUGCGGGAAAAUCGAAGAACAAGCUUCCGAAAUUCUUGCAUCGCGAGUCAUGAAUUAUACGCGAAUUUUAUAAAUCCACGAAGAGGACGAUGGUUGUGCAAGCUUUGGGAUCGUGUUUUUCGAUUCUCCAAAAUUCAUUCGUGCAGAAAGGGAAAAGAAUUCGAGUAAGUCUGUCGAACGUGUUCGAUGCAUACCGUACCAUCUCUACUUUCGCAUCUAUUUUAUCAUUUAACACUUCGACGAGAGAAUUACCAUAUUGUUGAACUAUUUACAUAUCCAACUAGAUACUCAGUUGCAGGAUUUAAAGUUUAUAUGAUAUUCCGCUCACGAGAGGUUCUCGAAGAUUCGUUUCUUGUUGCAGUCGCUUUCCUUCGAUUCCCUCUAGCGUUUCUUCAAAGUGAAUUGUUUGAAACACGUUGAAAUUAUUCGCACAUGUUCUUUUUUCUGUCGAACAUUUUCACGUUACGACGUCAUUUGUUCCAAUUCUAAUAAAAAGUUUAUGUAUUAUCUUCGGUGUGUUAAGCGCGCGGAACGUUCGCGCUCGACUCUACGGAAACGAAAAUCGAUAGCGGAAGGCGUCCGCUUGUUUUUGCCUCUCCCCUGGCUUUGAGAGCCCAAAGGAAUUCCUCGUAAAGAUGGCCAUUGUAUGCUCAUGACGCGUUCGAUAGAAUCGAAGAAAUAACGAAACACAGUCGAUGCAUGCAGAAACACCUGCAUCGGCUUCGCUUCGUGUUCCAUUUCCGCAAACGUUUUUAAAGUUCCCGGCGUCCGAAUUUUCAAACAUAUCAAUACAAGUACGAAGCAUGAUAUCUAACCGUAUACUGGCAUCCGAGACACGCUUAUCGAGCAUGUGUAUGUGUGUUAAAUGGGCUACGCGAAACGGAAGAUACCAAAUACUAGCGAACGUAAAACGUUAUCGUAAAAAACACUUGUUUCGCGGGACCCGCGAUCCUGCAAUAACGUCUACAAUCAGAGCUUUUUACUCUAUGAGUUCUACGAAUACGUCGUAUCACGUAACUUUAAACUUCCAAUGUAUAUUUGUACAUAAUUAGUAGAAAUUAGUAACGAAUUAUUCGAACUGUGCAAUCGGUUGUAAGGCGAUACGUAUCCCUACGUACUCGAUCGCCUGCUAAAACCUAGAAACACUGCAAUUACUAAACACUAAGAGUAAAGAUAGUGUGUAUCGCUAAAUGCUAGGCAAACAUUUAGGGAAACUCUUGUCGAUGAAUUGUGAUAAAGCUAGGUUUUGUUACGUACAUUUUACCUGGUAACCUGUUUCGAGAUAUUAUACAAUUCUUCGAUAAUAAUUUAUCCUACCGAACGAAUCGUUCGCAAAUCAAGUGUUUUAUCUUCCAACGUUUUCGUUAUUCGUCGAACUGAUCGUAAUCGACCGAGAGAAACGAAGUUUGCAUCGGAUUAGUGAGUGAAAUACAGGGUUAAAAUAUUAUACCGCUUCAUUUUCGCACGAACCUCUUAAUUCACGUACCUCAAACUUAAAUCUCUUAAACCGGUAGCUACGUACAUCCGUUUCGUUAUAGAGAAUCCUCGCCAACAGACUGAGAACUUUAUGCCCUUUCAUAAUGGCGUAACGAACUUUUCACCUAGUUAUUGGGGCCGGUGAAAUUUAAACGAGUGCCGAUUCGCGACAGAUCGUGCCACGUGCCAUUUUACGCCACCGCAAGAUAAAAGGUGCUUCCGCACACAACGGUAGAUUAUUAAUUGGCAAAGUUCCCGUCCUUCGCUCUCGGUCGUUAACGACAGUAUAACAGCGAAACUUUGGAUCAGCGAUCUCCGAAUACCUGUAAACCAGUCGCAGAUUUUUUUUCAUUCGCGAGAAAAUUAUCUUCGAGAAGGAGCACCGACCAAAGCUUUUUCCUUAAUCACUUUGCGAUUAACCACGACAACAGGCAGAAACUCGAACUGUAUUUCCACGCUGAACGAAAAUCAACAAGCCUAGCAUUUUCUUUUAACGCAACGCACUUGGAAAUGCAUUAUAAAGUUUCUUACAAUCCUGCUAAGAUCGCUGUAUUUUUCUAACCCGAUACAUUCCCUUCUCUGUAUAUAAAUGUGUAUGUAUUAUACAUGAUAUACGUACGCGACAUAGUGUAUCUGUAUUGUACCAAGAGAACAUGAGGAUAGCGCUGUGCAUCUAUGUAAAUAUAUAUCUAAUAGACAAAGAACGCGAGCGUAUACGAACUGACUGCAAAAGGAUCGAUAACGUUUCCAGGGAUUCUAAUUGAACUUGAAUCACGGAAAUUCUCGAGAACUCGUAGCAGGCCAGUUUCAACUUCCUCGAGGCGCGAGACACUAAGAAUAAACGCAAAACGAAUAUAAGUCAAGUGGAAUGUCUUCUAACUGUCCAUCGAAAAACGUGUCGCUUUGGUGAGAGAGAACUACAUUUUUCCUAUGACUUUCUUAAUAAUUAUUACGAAUGGUCUAUACAGGGCAUAGAUGUAAGAGAUAAAUCUUUAAUUUGCCGAGACUAACUAUAAGCAUAACGAAUCAAAUGGAAAAGAAAUGAAUAUUCAGAACGCUGUAUGUACCGAUGGCAAUACCUAUACAUAUUCACACGCGAAUGGAACACAUGGGACACAUACAUACACGAUUAAUCAGAGAUAAGACAAAUCGAAUACAUGGACACUUGUCGAAAUUAAUAAAAUAUAGUAUAAAUUGAA